GCUAGCUCUGACAAUUAAUUCUGCCGUUAAUUGUCUAGACUGACUCACCCGACACAACCCAUCGGCCCUGCCAACCCAUCGGCCCUGCCAACCCAUCGGCCCUGCCAACCCUCACCGAUUGACUCAACCUACACUAAUUCUCUGUCUGCAAAUAGCAUCGAGUUCACGAACCUCGACAGCGGUGCGACCUCUUGCUUCAAACUUUCACCUCAAGUCCAGGCCAUAUCGAAAUUGCCCUAGCAGCCAACCAUGGCGGACGCCGUAACUGAUGCCACCUCCAAGCUCCAGCUUGGAGAGGCUCCGGGCGACAAUGUGCCCAAGCUCAUGCUCGACGAGGAGACUGGAGAGAUGGUCUCCAAGGGCGAGCUGAAGAAGCGCUUGGCCAAGCGAGCAAAGAAGGCGACUAAAGAAAAGAGCAAGGAGUCAAAGAGCACCCCUUCCGCCCUCGAUGCCCAAGCUGCGGCCACGGCAAAGAAAUCCAAAGACAAGCCCGAAGACGUGCCAAUGGAGCCGGAAGCCAUGUUCAAGCAGGGCUUCCUGAACGAUGUCUACCUUGAGCGCCCCGUCAAGCCCGUUUUGACAAGGUUCCCGCCUGAGCCCAACGGCUUUCUGCACAUUGGCCACUCCAAAGCCAUUGCAGUGAACUUUGGCUUCGCCAGGUAUCACGGAGGCAAAUGCUACCUGCGAUACGAUGACACGAAUCCCGAGGCCGAGGAAGACGUCUACUUCACAGCUAUUGCCGACAUGGUACGGUGGCUUGGGUUUGAGCCUUACAAGAUCACAUAUUCGAGUGACAACUUUGGAAAGUUGUAUGAGAUGGCGGAGAAACUGAUCUCGCUCGGCAAAGCCUAUGUCUGUCAUUGCGACGAUGACGAGAUAAAACGUCAACGCGGCGGUGAAAAGGGGUCGAGCCCCCGAUAUCGGUGCGCUGACGCAGACCAGUCCGUCGAAGAGAACAUGCGGAAGUUUCGCGACAUGCGUGACGGCAAGUACAAGCCCAGAGAGGCUUUCUUGCGCAUGAAGCAAGAUAUCACCGACGGCAACCCUCAGAUGUGGGAUCUUGCUGCAUACCGUGUUCUAGACAAGCCUCACCACAGAACCGGGGCGGAGUGGAAAAUAUAUCCCACAUACGAUUUCACACACUGUCUCUGCGACAGCUUCGAAAACAUCACUCACUCGCUGUGCACCACCGAGUUCUACCUCAGCAGGGUUUCCUACGAAUGGCUGAACAAGGAACUCGGGGUUUAUGAGCCAAUGCAGCGAGAAUACGGACGCCUCAGCUUAUCUGGGGCCGUCCUCUCCAAACGCAAGCUGAGAGAGUUGGUCGAGAAAAAGUUUGUGCGAGGUUGGGAUGACCCCCGCCUCUACACGCUCAUCGCAGUCCGUCGAAGGGGUGUCCCGCCAGGCGCGAUCCUUGAAUUUGUCAAUGAGCUCGGUGUCACGACCACAAACAGCAUUAUUCAGAUCGCACGCUUUGAGCAGACAGUCCGGCGUUAUCUUGAACGCACUGUGCCGAGGCUAAUGCUAGUCCUCGACCCGGUGCCUGUGGUCAUUGAGGACGCGGACGAUUUAGAUGGCACGGAGCUUACCGUGCCAUUUUCUCCCAAGGCCCAGUCAGCCAUGGGGGAUCACACGAUCAAGUUUACUAAGACGGUUUAUAUCGAUCGAUCCGAUUUCCGGGAGGCUGAUAGCAAGGACUACUUCCGCCUAGCACCAGGCAAGACAGUUGGCCUUCUCCAAGCCCCCUUCCCCAUCAAGGCCACCAGCUUCACAAAAGACGAAGCCACGGGCAAGGUCACUGAGAUCCGCGCUGUCUUUGAUCGCGAGAUCAAGAAGCCCAAGACGUACAUCCAAUGGGUUGCUGCCGAGGGUUCUGGCUCGCGAAAGUGCGAGGUCCGCAUCUAUAACUCGCUAUUCUUUUCGGAGAACCCGGCAUCGGCCGAAGGUGGGUAUUUGAACGACAUCAACCCCGACAGCGAGGUUGUUUAUCCCGAUGCAAUGAUUGAGUCCGGAUUUAACGAGGUCAAACGACGCGCCCCUUGGCCUGAGGCAGCUGGCGAAGGCAAGAGUUCAAGCAGCGGCCCCGAGACUGUACGAUUCCAGGCAAUGCGGGUAGCCUACUUUGCACUGGAUUCGGAUAGCACAGAUGAAAAGAUCAUCUUGAAUCGGAUAGUAUCGCUGAAGGAGGACAAAGAAAAGAGCUAGAGGGCGACCGGCUCGAACGGUCUCUAUGAUGAGAAACGAACUUUGAAAUGCGACAGCUUGUGCUGGUGUUUUAAGGGCCUUCAAGGCAUGGCAGAUUA